AUUUUGAUUGUCCUUGAUAAAGCAAAUUUUCGUCGGGUGUGUCGAUUUUACGGAAAUUAUUUUCAAUUCAUGGCGAGAGGUUCACUAUUUUGCUCUACGAUUUAAAGUUCCUCAGCUUCACAAGUUUUUUCAGCAAACAUGGCUGAUGAGGAGACUACCAAACCACCAGCGUCUGUAGGAUGCUGUGGAGUUCGUCAUUGGCAAAUCCUGCUACAUUUUUCAUUCUAUGUCAUCAUUAUCGCCAUUGAGAUGUCUCUUUCAGCAACACUACCGGCAAUGUUAGUAACUAAUCCAAAGUUAGAAAAUCUUACAAAUGCAUCAAUUAGUCAAAUGUUUACAUCAUUCAUGUUGGCGUUCACUGCCACUGAGCUUUUUGGUGGAUACAUAUGCAAAAAAUUCGGAUUUCGGUGGCCCAUGAUGAUCUUCAUGGGUGUACUAACUGCUGUUACUUUGAAUUUCGCAACAAUAUCGAAUGAGUACGGUGUUGGAGGAAUCGUAUUCUGCAGAGCUGUACAAGGUGUUUGCUCUGGUUUGUUGUACGCCAUGCCAGCAGAAGCUAUAAACAGAUGGUCUCCAAUCAAGGAACGAACAACUUUUGGAACAACAGUUUAUGCAGGUGGAAUUCUCGGAACUGCUAUGGCUUUGUUCAUGGGAAGCUAUUUGUCGUCUGGAACCAAUCUAAAGUAUACCUCCAUUUACACUACAACUGGAUAUCUAGCCCUUAUUUGGGUAGUCCUGAUGGCCAUGUAUGGAGCUGAUUCCCCUGAGCAGUAUCCAAAGGAGAUCUCACAAGUUGAGUUGGAUUAUAUUGUCAACAACAGAGGAAAUGUCACAACUUCGAAGACGGUUCAGAUUCCUUGGGGUAAAAUAUUCACAUCGAUGCCUUUUUGGGCUAUAGUUGUGGCUCAAAUAGGUGCUGGUUGGAUGUUCUAUGUGCUUGCAGUUAAUGUACCGAUAUAUUUGAGGUUCCAUUAUGAGGUUAAUUUAAAUCAUAACAACUUAGUUGCUGUAAUCAAUCUCAUCACUUGGGUGCUCAGUUUCGCUAUUUCUGGAAUAGCACAAUUACUCAUCAAUGAAAAUAGGACAUCAAUAGGACAGUCAAGAAAAAUUUUCAAUACCAUAGGAAGCUGCGUACCUGCGAUUUUCUUCUUAUACCUCUCUUUUGGACUUAAUGGCAAUCAAUAUGUUGGUAUAGCUCUUUGGGUAAUUGUCUCUGUGUGCAGCGUUGGUACCAUAUGUGGUUCCAGACUCAACUGUAACGAUAUCACCACAAAUUUCUCAUCAAUUGUUUACGGAACUGCUACGUGGAUCAGCUUGUUAUUCAACGAAAUCAGUGCAAUUGUUCUGAACUCGCAUUUCGAUCUCUGGAAUGUUGUCUUCAUUUACUCUGGUAUUCUGGUGAUAUGCACCAGUUUAUUCUAUCUGAAAUUCGCAUCAGGAGAGGAACAAGAUUGGAAUAAUAUAUACGAAAACGUAGGAGAUGAAGAAAUGGAUCUAUCAAAAUCGACCUCAAGAUCUGAGGUUGACGAGAAAAAAUAUUUACUUUUCAUAAGGAAGCAGUGAUUCAGAAUAAUCAAUCCAAUGAAAA